CGGCCACAUUGACGUUGUGUUUCGUAAACACAGCCUCGGGGCGCUGUUCCCUUCCACGCAACUGCCUCUACCGAGCUUUUACUAUACAUUAAGCGAUUUAAUGCAUGAGUAGGUCAAGUCUGAAGUGUUAUAGCGCGCAGUCUGCAGCGUCCGCGUUUACUGUUACAUUGUGACAGCCGAAGUUCAUUCAGACUCUGAUCUGCCCGACACUCUGGAGACGGGAGGAAAAUGAGUGCAGCUCUUUUAAACAGACUGAAGCCUGCAGUGAGCGUCGCGAUCCGGCCGUGGAGCUGCAAACCCCCGCGGAUCGAGCCGAGCAGCGCCGCCUCAGCGAGACUCUACAGCGGCCUGAUGGAGCCCGGGGCCCCGCUCUUCAGACAGCUGUUUGAGUCUGAGAGCAGCACGUACACGUACCUGCUGGCCGACACGGACACCGGAGAGGCCGUGCUGAUCGACCCGGUGCUGGAGACGGUGGACAGAGACCUGCAGCUCAUCACUGAACUGGGCCUGACGCUCAAAGUGGCCUUGAACACUCACUGUCACGCCGAUCACAUCACCGGCUCCGGUCUCCUGAAGAAGAAGGUGUUCGGCCUGAAGAGUGCCAUCUCCAGACACAGCGGAGCCGCCGCCGACCUCCUGCUGUCAGAGGGAGACCGCAUCCGCUUCGGCAAACACAGUCUGACGGUGCGAGAGACGCCGGGACACACAGACGGAUGCGUGACGUACGUCACUGAAGACGAGCGCAUGGCCUUCACCGGAGACGCUCUGCUGAUCCGCGGCUGCGGACGCACCGACUUCCAGCAGGGUAGUGCUCAGAGACUGUACCAGUCGGUCCAUCAGAAGAUCUUCAGUCUGCCGGGACACUGUUUCGUCUAUCCUGCUCACGACUACAAGGGUCAGAGCGUGUCCACCGUCGAGGAGGAGAAGAAGUUCAAUCCACGGCUGACAAAGACUCUCCAUGAGUUUGUGAACAUCAUGAACACCCUGAAGCUGCCCAAACCUCAGAAAAUAGAUAUAUCAGUGCCUGCAAACCUGGUGUGUGGACUUCAUGACAUCUGAAUCUGAAUCAACAUCAUUUCAUGCUGCGUGUCGAUGUAAACAUGCAUUCCUCUGAUUACCAGAACAACUUUUUUUUUACAAAUAUCUCGAGCUGAUCUGUGUGCUCCUUUAAAGCUUUGAUAAUCACUCGCUCUUGUCUUGUCAAAUGUAAGGGUAAAACUCCUCUAAUAAUAUAUUUUGUAAGAAAACUCUGUUUUUAAUAGAUGUUUGUCACACAGAUUUACUUGAUUGUGCUCCAGAUUUUUUCUUUGAGAAUAUGUUUUGAUUUGAUCCAGUAUCAUUGUAAUAAUCGAGCGCUGCAGCUCUUGUAAUGUGACACGUCAUGCUGAAACUCAUAUUUCAUAAGAUAGACGUGUGUUUUUAAUAAGUGUCUGGUCAAACCAGUGCAGUUACUCAACUCUUUUGGGCUUUUAGAAACUUGUUCAAACUUCCUUGAAUGCAAAAAAAUAAAUAAAUAUUUUUUGUCCUUU